AUGAGCGCAAGCUACGGUAACGGCGCAAAUGCGCCUGAAGAAGAAGAGGAUGACGACUACAUGAACAUGACCUUUGACGAUCCAACACCCAAGCAAGAGACCUCUCUCCAGCGCACGCAACGUCUCAAGGCCGAAUCGCGCGCGCGGGGUGUCAUCAAAUCCAAGGCUGAACGCGCUGAGGAGGAGGCGGCUGCGCGGGAAAAGGCCCUGUCGACGUCACUGCUGGAAGACCCCAAGGCCAAGAAGAGCAAAGGUCUCGCGAUGAUGGCCAAGAUGGGCUUUGCAGGGGGUGGUCUGGGGCGGAAAGGCGAGGAUGGCACUACGAUAGGCAGAGCCGAGCCUAUCAAGGUGGACGUCAAGGAGGACCGGGGCGGCAUUGGUAUGGACAAUGAGAGGAAGAGGAAGCUGCAAGAGGCUGUGGCAGAGCGGGAUAUCAAGACUGUCAAGAUGGAUCCGGAUGAGUAUCGAGACCGAGUCCGGAAAGAAAGGGAAGACGCAAGGCUGGAGAAGCAGCUGCACGCAGCGCAGCGCAUGACAGAGCUUUUGGACGAGGAGAAGAGCGCAGCGCCAAACGACGAGGACGACACAAAACCAAAAGUCACGCCCAUGUCGGCGCGACCACUCAAGUCAAUCUCAGUGUUGUAUCGUGGUCUCACGCGCCAUCGCUUGGAGCAGGAGCGGGAUCGUCGGAUGCGCCAUGAUCUGGAGCUGUCGCUGUCACGACUACCCACGUACGAAGACGAGGAUGAAGAUGAGGACGACAAAAAGGCUCUAGGAAAGAAACAAACGACAUAUACGGAGAUUGAAGACCUUGAUGAAGAGGAUACCGAACUGGAAGACUUCAAUUCUCUAGACGUCGGUGAGCGCCUGCGUCAGCUGCUCGAGUACCUGCGCUCCCAGCAUCUCUACUGCUUCUGGUGCAAGACUGCCUACCCGGACUCUGAGAUGGACGGCUGUCCAGGACUGACAGAGGAGGACCACGACUGA